AUGGCAUCACAUUCAACACUGAACAUACCCCAUGGGACAGCUGUACAAAUACUUGAAAUUACUUGUUGUUUACAAACAAAACAGUACACAACACAAAUUGCUCAGAAAAUGCUGGAAAACGAAAUAAAAGAAGAGAAAAUAGUUUUCAAAAAGAAACCACGUAAAAAUCUAAGGCAGCGACGAAAUUCCGACGAUGAAGCGGAGGAGGAACCAGUGCCUUUGGCCGACAUCAAGGAGCGACAAAAGCUCCGCGAGCGACCACAUGGAGUCAGUGUAAUAGGAUUGGCUUUGGGCAAAAAACUGGCACCCGAGGAGGAGAUCACAAUCAAAGAUCCCUUCAACGUAAAGACAGGUGGUCUGGUAAAUAUGCACGCAUUAAAAUCGAGCAGCCACAAAGAAGCCGAAGAGGAUGCCUAUGAUGUUGGUAUUGGUACAAAAUUCUCGGCCGAAACAAAUAAACGCGAUGAAGACGAGGAGAUGAUGAAAUACAUUGAACAAGAGUUGCAAAAACGUAAAGGCCUCGCACAGGCACAGACAGCAGAAAAUGAUCAAGCAACAGAUGCACAAAAAUAUCUAACCCCCGAAGAGGCUGCUCUCUAUGCCCUGCCUGAUCAUUUGCGUCAAUCAUCAUCACAUCGUUCCGAAGAAAUGUUAUCAAAUCAAAUGUUAAAUGGUAUUCCCGAAGUGGAUUUGGGUAUUGAGGCAAAAAUUAAAAAUAUCGAAGCCACCGAGGAGGCAAAACAAAAGUUGCUGCAGGAUCAAAAGAACAAAAAGGAUGGCCCAUCACAGUUUGUGCCCACCAAUAUGGCUGUGAAUUUUAUGCAGCAUAAUCGAUUUAACAUCGAGGAAAACAAUGAUGCCCAAAAGCGCCGUUUCCAUCAAAGAAAAGCAGCCGAAGAGGGCCAUGUAAAUCCCAACAAUCAAGUGGGUGCGAAUGGUGUCAAACGUGCCACAGACGAUUAUCAUUAUGAUAAAUUUAAGAAACAAUUUAAACGUUAUUAAAUAUAGCCUGCAUUUAUAUAUAACAAAA